ACACUAUACAACAGUAUACACUAUACAUAUACAAUAAGAUUGAAAGUUAAAACUAAAUAGUCACCCAAACUUUGUGUUUUUGUACUUACAAACAUUUUAAUUUUAUUAUAUAAUUAUCGAUAUUACCUAUUACUAUUAUAGAAAGUUGUGUAUCAAUAAACACCGUUUGGUUUCAUAUUUAAAUCGAAUUACUAUUACAAUUUACAGUUAUAGUUUUGACUAUCGUGCUACUUUUAAUUUUCUUCAUUCUAUGCUCCAUUGUUCCUACAUCAUAUUAUAAUUACUUAAUUAUAUAUGCCAAAACCACCGUAUCGAGUAGAACAAAUAUUUUAUACAUUCAUUUUUAGAGGCAAACAUGUCUGAAUAUGAUGAUGAGGAUAUGGAAUACUCCGAUCAGGAUGACUAUGAAGAUUAUUACAAUGCCGAUCGUGAUGUAAUGAGUCCACCACACAAUCCUGAUGCUGAAUAUUUUCCUGUUCAAUGCCUCUCUGUUGACGAAGUUGAAAAAUUUUUGAAUGAGCUUGUUGAACAAUUGUGUACUAGCAUACAUGUUACACCGUCAAUGUCCAAAGUUUUACUUUAUGAAAACAAAUGGGCUGUUCAAGAAGUAUUAUGGAAGUAUAAUGAAGAUGCUGAUAAGCUUUUUGUUGCAUCCAGAAUGAAAACAUUACACCCAGUAUCGGUUAAAACAAAAAGAGAUAAAUUUGUUUGUCCAGUAUGUGUGGGGCCCGUAGCCGAAGAAUUAGGGAUUACUAGUUUGGCUUGUGGACAUUGUUAUUGUGAUAACUGUUGGCGUUGUCAUUUUGAAAAUAAAAUCAAACAAGGUGUAAGCACAGAACUUUCUUGCAUGGCAUUAAACUGUGAGUUAUUAGUUCCAGAAGAAAUAGUUUUAUCGACAGUUAAUAAACCAAUUUUAAGAAAAAAAUAUCAACAGUUUGCAUUCCGUGAGUAUAUUAAAUCCCAUCCAUUGCUACGCUUUUGUCCGGGAGCUAACUGCAAUGCAGUCAUAAAAUCUAAAGAAUCUCUUGCCAAAAAAGCUAUAUGUACUCAGUGUGAAACUUCAUUUUGUUUCAAAUGCGGAAAUGAUUAUCAUGCGCCUACAGAUUGUGCCACUAUUAAAAAAUGGAUUACCAAAUGUGCCGAUGAUAGUGAGACAUCAAAUUACAUUGCAGCUAACACCAAAGAUUGUCCUAAAUGUAAUAUUUUUAUUGAAAAAAAUGGUGGCUGUAAUCAUAUGCAGUGUUUAAGUUGUAAAUUUGAUUUUUGCUGGAUGUGUAUGGGAGAUUGGAAAGCACAUGGCACUGAGUAUUAUGAUUGUUCUAAAUAUAGAGAAAACCCUCAGAAUGGUUCAGAAUCUGCAAGAGCUCGUGAAGCAUUAAAAAAAUAUCUCCAUUACUAUGAACGUUGGGAAAAUCAUUCUAAAAGUUUGCAAUUGGAGAAACAAACGCUUGAUAAAAUCAAAGAAAGGAUAAAUAGUAAAGUGAUGACAAGUAAAGGUACCUGGAUUGAUUGGCAGUAUCUAUUGGAUUCUGCUGCUCUACUAGCCAAAUGCCGGUACACUCUUCAAUAUACUUAUCCAUAUGCAUAUUAUAUGGAUAAUGGACCAAAGAAGGAACUUUUUGAAUAUCAACAAGCCAAACUGGAAGCUGAAAUUGAAAAUUUAUCAUGGAAAAUAGAAAGAGCAGAAACUACCGAUAGAGGUGAUCUAGAAAAUCAGAUGGAUAUAGCUGAGAAAAGAAGAGCUACUAUGCUUCAAGAUUUCUUCCACAUUUAACUAAAUAAUUUUACGUUUUAUUAUUUGAUUGUAAAAUUAUCCUAAAUAUGUUUUCUUUUAUAUAAGUAAGUACAUUUUCUUUCAUUAUUUCAAGAAACUUCUGUAACAUGUAUAUUAAGAUACUUUUAAUUAAACAAUAACUUGGAAGUAUUUAAAUAAUGUGUAAAAUAAAUUAAUUUUAAAA